CCUGAGAAAGAAAAACCCAAAAUGAAAAGGAAUUCUCUUUCAUACACAGAACACAUACCUUUCCACAACCCCGCGUGUCUCCUCUUUUUCUUUUCACUCUCUCUCUCUCUCUCCUCUUCCAGUUUUCCUCCCCCCCAUUACUUUCCCCCUCAUUCUUUUUAUCCUCUCACCAGUCACCACCCCUUCCUCCCGUGAACACCCCCCUCUCUCCCUCUAUUAUAACUCCAUGUUCUCGUGUUUGGCUCUCGUGCAUCGUUAUCGACAACAAAAAGCACAAAGUCUACUGGUUCGAUAGACAAAUAAUAGAAACCUCAGUUUUGCUUAAUUAGAUGCCGCAGUCAUCACAAUCACCACCGCAGUCAUCUCAUCAUCUCUAUAACAACGGCGGAGGAGAUAGAGAUACACUCUCUCCGCCUACACCUUCACGCCGUAACCAAAACAACUUCCCUCCUUCCCCACAUGAUAUCCGCUUCCAAUCCACUCUCUCCGUCCACAAACUUAAACGAUUUAACUCUCUUAUUCUUCUCUUCCGUAUAGCUACCUUUGUAUUUUCUCUCUCCUCUUUCGUCUUUAUGCUCACUAAUUCCCGCUCUUCUCCUCCUCACUGGUUCGACUUUGACGCCUUCAGGUUUGUGUUGACGGCGAAUGGGAUAGUAGCAGUUUAUUCGUUGGUUGAAAUGGUAGCAUCUGUUUGGGAUAUUACUACUGGAGCUACUCUCUUUCCUGAAGUUUAUCAAGUCUGGUUUGAUUUUGGACAUGAUCAGGUUUUCGCGUACAUGCUGCUAUCAGCAAACUCAGCAGGAACGGCGUUGGUAAAGAUGCUAAAGGGAAGUGAAACAUGUACGACCACAAGUGCAUUUUGUGUGCAAUCUGACAUUUCUAUAGCUCUAGGAUUUGCUGGAUUUCUAUUCCUUGGCUUCUCCUCCUUGACGUCUGGUUUUCGAGUUGCUUGCUUUCUAAUCAAUGGCUCUCGCUUUCAUCUUUGAAUUUUCUUUUCUUUUCUUUUCUUUUCGCCUAGUUACUAGUUUACUACAUUACUUAAUAUUAUCAUCAUUUGCAUCUAUUAUUACUCCCUUAAUUCCAUAAAAUAUGGCAUUCCAUUCUUUAAGAUAUAAAAUUUCGAUCACAAUUUUUUUUAUUGAUUUGAAUUAUAGGAAACACACAUUCUAUAUCCUUUUAAAAAAUUAUGAUUGAAAUUUAAAUUUCUUAAAGUAUAAAUAGCUUAAAUUAUGAGAAUAAGGGAGUAAUAAAUUUGUUUUUGCUUUAUAACUUUAAGAUUAGAUUAGAAUAGAAUUUUUCAGGUGAGACAGAAAUGAUACUGUUGCCUUUUUCUUUCCAUCUUUAGGAUUUUUUUUGGGUGAGGGGUGGGGUGUGCUUGUCUGCUGUAUGUCUCACAGACACACAAACUGGAUAGAUCAUAGAUUGGAGAUCUUGGUAUUAAAUUAUGUGUAUAGGGCGAGUUGUUGAAACCUUAUUGGUUUCUUGUGCAUAUGAGAUUACCUUUUGUUUUUGUGCA